AUGGGAUCCAACGUGGAGCUGGUAUGGCCAGAGGCAGAGGUAUAUUCGUCACGGGUGAACAACUGCUCACAUGCAAAUUCAUCUCUAGCUGCAAUUCGAGCGAAGUUGAGUGCGGAACAAUUAGAACAAUUCAAGACAUCAUGCUUUGGCCAUCUUCUGAAUAUAGAUAAGAUUCAGUUUAGCGGACAGAUUGUGCAUGGGGUUGUGUUGCGUAGAGUAGCGGGGCAGGGUGUGAAAGACUUGGAUGGACUGAGUUUCUUAUUAGGGUGUGACGUUGCUCAGUUCACUCGUCAGGAUUUCUGUUUGAUCACAGGGCUUCGUUUUGGGGAAGUGCCUGAAGUUUCCAGUGGAGAGAGUAAUGAAAUCAGACUUCAGAAAAGAUAUUUUAUAGACGAAGGAAUUAUAUGCAAUGCUUUAGAAGAAGCAUUUGUGAGGUGCACAGAGGAAGAUGACAUCUACAAGCUAGCUCUUGUUUACUUUGCUGAGUUAGUGGUUUUGGGAAGGGACAAACAUUUGAACAUCAAUCUAAAUUACCUGACCCUUGUAGAGGACUUGGAUGCGUUCAACAGGUAUCCGUGGGGUUCGGUGUCCUUUGACAAAACCCAAGACAGUCUAUUUUCUGCACCAACAAAGUAUGUGAAAAGCUUGGAAAAUGAAGAGGGAAGAGGGAAGGGGAAAAGUAAGGUAACGGGAACAAGCCGGAGAAAUGAGAAGGGCAAGAAGGAUAAGCAUGGUGAAGCGCAAAGGAGUGGCUGGAGUUUUAAAGGUUUCACGUAUGCUUUCCAGAUUUGGGUAUAUGAAUUAAUUCCUAGAAUGGCGGACCUGAAUUACUGCAAGGUUGUUGAUCCGACCGCUGUCCCGCGUAUUUUGCGAUGGAGAACUACUACGUCUGUUCCAGAGAUGAGAAAGUUGAACAAUUAUUUUUUCCAGAGCAAAGAGUCAGUUCAGUUGCGGGCGCUAUGUCCAAGUGAAGAGGAAAUGAGACAGCCAUAUUGGAGUUGGCCACAGGAUCGCCCUGCUGUUGUCUCGGCAGAGUCAAUUCCUUCUUCAUGUGGUGAUCUUGAUGAGUUGAACAAGGUGGUCCUCAGUUUGAGCAGGAAGUAA